AUGGCCGUCGACGGCGGCGGCGGCACCGCGGCGCCAAACGGGGAGGACGACUGGCUGCGUCUGUACGGCCGGGUCGUGGCGAUUCUGCCGCAGGUGGAGGCGCUCGCCGCCGCCCGCGCGCGGCUGGAGGUCGUCAACGCGCUCCAGCACGAGUUCUGGGAGGCCCGCGACGCACUCCUCCAGCAUCGCCUCCUCCAGGCGGAGGAGAGCGUUAGGAGUUGGGAGGCGGCCUACAUCCACCUGCAGCCCUCCGGGGAUGAUCAGAGGUUCGCCGAACUCCAACAGAGUGACUUGGAGGACUUAGCAACUUUUGUAGAUGUUUUCGCUGCAGAAAACGCAGAAUUUCAGAUAAAAGUGAAGGAAGUUGACGCUGGUGCAGAUCAUAGUCAAAAUCCUGCAGACCACGAGCGCAUAACAGAAGAUUUAAAAGCAGAGCUACAAAAAUUGAAGCAAGCUUAUGAAGCCCUUUGCUCAGAGAAGGAUAAGAAAGUUGCUGAAAUAACUGCAGAAAGGGAUUUUGUCAGGGACCAGUUUAAGACACUGGAGCGGGACUAUGCUGAUUUACGUAGCUACAUGAACAAUAAGUCUACACGAGAUAGUGAGGCAGCGCUAGAGCUUCAGAAGAAUGUAGAACAGUUGCAACUGGCGUCCCAAAAGAAGGAUGAGGAGAUUCGCAAAUUGCGAGCACGAGUGAAAGCAGCUGAGGCCAAAAGGAAAUUGGUACCUGAAAGUAAGCUACAAAAAAUGGACUCUACUCCCAAGAAGAUAGACAAAGAAAUUGAGAAAUGCAAGGAUCGGCAACCUGAGGCAAGUAAAAAACACAAGAAAGAUACGAGUGGAACACCCAAAAAAGGCUGUUCUGAAGGUCCUGCUUUAGUGGUGGAAACAAGAAAUUAUUCUUCUAAGCAAAUGCUAACAGAAGAUGGGCAACCUGAGGCUAGCCAGAAGCGCAAGUGUGCCACUUUCUUAUCUAGUAAUGAUGGCCAGAAUGGAAAUGAUGAGGAAACACAUAGGAAAGUUUUAGAGCCUCUUAAGAAGAAGAUGGUAUCAGGAAAAAAGGGGGUGGAGCAAGGGGACAAUAAGGCCAAAGCCGACGGAAAGGGGCACACUGAAAGCAAACGGUCUCCGGACAAGCUGGCGAUUUACAAUGCACUCCUGUACCUCCGCAGCGUGAAAGAUAGUUUCACGGACAAACCCGAGAAGCACAAGGAGUUCCUGGUGAUCCAGAGCGAAUUCGUUAGCAGGAAGAUCGGUGUCAACGCCUUUAUCAGCGCCGUGGCGGUCCUGCUCGAUGGGCACCCCGAACUCAUCCGUGGAUUCAAGAGUUGUUUUACUUAUUCUCCAACACAAGUUCGUCUGAACUUCAGGGUGCUUUUGAAGUGUUGGUGGCUGGGCACUGAUGAGGAGGACAUGAAGUAA